CUGCACUGGGAUGCCGGUGGUAUAAACAAUAGCCGCUCUCAUUCAAAUUUUAGUCAGAGAGACAAUUUCGUUUGAGCUUUUAGAUGGCGGAGGAGGUUUUGAUAGAACCUAAUGGGAAAAGUGGAGGGCAUCUAACCACAUCCCUGUUGGCGGUAGCGUUCCUCUCUUCCUUUGGGAGCUCCAUGCUGUAUGGUUAUAACCUGGCUGUUGUUAAUUCUCCUGCAGUGUACAUAAAGGACUUUUUUAACCAAACCAUUGUGAGGCGGAAUGGAUCAGGAGUGGAUGAGGAGACUCUCACACUUAUAUAUUCAGUCACUGUGUCUAUAUUUGCCAUUGGAGGCCUGGUGGGCUCUCUGACGGUGGGAAUGCAGGUUACCAGAUUUGGGAGGAGAGGGACACUGGUACACAGCACAGUUCUGGUGUUUAUCGCCGGAGGGCUGAUGGGCUUCAGCCGAUUGUGUGGAUCUCCAGAGAUGAUCAUCAUUGGGCGCUUCAUUAUAGGGAUACAUGCAGGAAUUUCUCUCAGCGUAGUGCCCAUGUAUCUGGGAGAAAUUGCUCCAAAGAAUCUCCGGGGCUUUCUAGGACUAGUUCCCAGCAUCUUCAUCUGUAUAGGAGUGUUUAUCGCUCAGAUUCUGGGGCUUCAUGAACUCUUGGGCAAGGAAGAGCACUGGCCUCUGUUCUUUUCUCUAGUUGUGGUGCCUACAUUCAUACAGCUCAUGUUGUUGCCAUGGUUCCCAGAGAGUCCGAGAUAUCUGUUGAUGGAAAAGCGGAACAUUCACGCCACUAUCACAGCACUGAAGUGGUACCGUGCCAAGUGUAACAUUCAGGCUGAGGUGGAGGAGAUGCAGGAAGAGCAGCGCUCAUUGUCCUCUGUAGAAACUGUUUCAGUAUUGCAGCUCUUCAGGGAUCCGUCUGUUCGCUGGCAGGUUGUUACGGUCCUUGUGGUUAAUGCUGGGAUGCAACUGUCAGGAAUCGAUGCGAUCUGGUUCUACACCAAUGCCAUCUUUGAGAAUGCGGGCAUUCCUACUCAUCAGAUUCAGUACACAACUGUGGGCACUGGAGCCAUAGAGGUCAUCGCUGGACUCAUAGGGUGCUUUACUAUUGAGCGUGUGGGUAGGAGGCCUCUGAUGAUUGGUGGCUUCAGCUUUAUGGGGAUCUGCUGUGCUGGAAUCACUUUCUCCCUGCUAUUACAGGCUCAUGUAUCCUUUAUGCGGUAUGUUAGUGUAGCUUGUGUGGUUGGAAUCAUCGCUGGAUUCUGCAUAGGACCUGCUGGUGUCCCGUUCCUCAUGACAGGAGAGCUUUUUAAACAAUCUCAUCGACCUUCUGCCUACAUUGUAGGAGGUUUUCUCAACUGGAUAUCAAACUUUAUGGUGGGAUUUGUCUUUCCAUUUCUUCAGACGUCAGCUGGUGCGUUCUGUUAUCUGGUAUUCUGUGGUGUGUGUGUGGGGGUGGCAGCCUACGUUUUCUUCAUCAUCCCUGAAACAAAGAACAAAACCUUUGUGGAGAUCAGUCAGAUGUUCGCCUUAAGAAAUGCAUGUAAAAUUGAAAACCAGCCGCUGGGAACAACUGAUCAACUCAAGCUCAAAAAAAUGAAUGGGUAUGGUACACUGGAGCCUGGAGAUGUGGACAAAAUGGACAGGACAGAGAAAUAGUGGUAAAGAAAGAGGGCAGUAUUGUUUCUAUGCUACAAUGUCUGGUGCUACAAAACACUGUUCUGUGUGUUGUGAUUGAUUUUUUUUAUGAAUUAUCCUGUGUCAUUAGAUCACUUACUACAAAAGCACCAUUAAAGUAGCCCAAAUGACAAGUCGUAUGGAGCUUUAAUGGUGCUUUUGUUUGCAAAACUUCUGAAGCCAUACAACAGUUUGUGUGAUGAAAAUUACUUAUUACUUUACUAGUAACCAAAUGUCAAAUCUGCAUGUUUUAAAACUCUCCUGGUUAUUUUAAAGGCACAAUAUGUAAGAUUUUUUUAUUCAAAUAUCCAAAAAACACUAGUAGCGUUAUAACAGAAUUUUUUAACACACUAAAAUGUAUCUAGUAUGAUAAAACAGCGCUGUUUUUCCAACAUACCCAACCGGAAGGAGCAAAAGCUCUGCUGCUUUUUAGCUGUGUAUCGCGCUCAUCCUUUAUUAACAAUCACUCCAUCAUUGUUUAGUUUCUAUGACUUUAGGCGCCAUGCGUUAUACUACAGUGAUUUUAAUAAGUCUUUUAAUGCAUUAGCUCAUCCAUGAACAUGAUUUCUGCCCAAGUCCUGACAGAUCGACUGUGGGGAUGAAGACAACAACUCCCAUGAUUCCACACUCAAUCAAGGCAUCAUCAAACUAUGCCUUUGGUUCUUUGUUUGUUUUGAGUAUGCGCCCUCUACUGGCGAAAACUUACAUAUUGUGCUUUUGAGAUGUCAUUAAUUGAUGUUGUGUGGAUUAUAUCUUAUAUGGCAGUUCUAUAUUUGAAAGCUACAGAAUUGCUUUCUUUUUAAAAAAGGUUGCAGCGCAUUCAAUUUUGAACUGCCUGAGAGCUUCAGUUUUGAUUUGUUCCUCACACAAAACUAUCAUAUGCCUUAAGAAGACUAAGAAUAUUAAGCACAGGUCAUAUGGACUACAGUACAGUUUG